AUGCUCUCCCGACCGCGCUUCGGACCUCUGUCGACCCUCCGAUCCCUACCCAAACAACGGCCCAAUGCCCUCGCCCGCCGCACCCUCAUCGCCGCCCCGCGCCCCGGCUCCGGCCCCCUCAUGCAACGCCGCCCGGACCGCGCCCUCCCCCCGCUCCUCACCCCCCUAACCUCCCGCACCUGGCUCACAACCCUCCCCCUCUUCCUCCUAAUCUGCACCGCCUCCGCGCUCGCAAUUUUCAACUACCAGAAAACCUCCUCAAGCGUCGUAGCCAGCACGCUCUACGCGCUGCGCACCAACGCGCGCGCGCGCGCCCUCCUCGGCGACGAGGUCUAUUUCGCGUCCCAGAUCCCGUGGAUUCACGGGGAGAUGAAUCAAUUGCAAGGCAGAGUGGAUGUGUGGUUUUGGGUCAAGGGGACGCGGGGCAGGGGGGUUAUGAGGUUUCGGAGUGAGAGGGUUGGGGGGCGCAUGGGGCGGUUUGAGACGCUGGAGUGGAGUUUGGAGGUUGAGGGGGCGGAGGGGGGGAGGAUUAGUCUUUUGGAGGAUGGGGAUCCGUUUGCGAAGCAGGAUGGGGGGCAGGGGGAUGGUGGGGCGUGA